UUGAAGUCCAUAUCAAUAUGCCGCGCGACACUUUUGAUUGUUGCGUUAUCAAUGAUGGUGCAGGGCGAUGGUUCGUUUAUUUCGAUAAACUGCGUUCAAUAAUGGUUGUCACUGAUAGCAUGGCGUCAACCUACGAAAAGACGAUGACAACCAAGGACCGAAUCGAAUUUGCUGGGAAUGUCUCUGAAUCACUUCUCGAACAGUCUUGGCAAGAAAUGAUAAUGAGAAGAACGUUGAAAGUAUCCGAAGUGACGGAUGAUAAACUAAUUCUAGUGCAUGUUGUUCAUAGGAUUGAAUUGAACCGUGUUAGUGAUGUGAACAUGCAGUUAAGAACUGCUGAUUUGUUGGAGGAAACUAUUAAUGCCUACUUGCGCUUGCUUGAGCGGCAGGUAAGGAAUAGAACAGAUGUUGAGCAAAUGGCUGCUCGAAAGACAAUGCGAAGUCAAUCAGAUCAGAGAAAAAAACCUGAAAAUCAUGAAAAUGGUUCAGCACCAGAAUCGAGCAAACGCCGGAGAACUCGACCAACAGGUCUUAAUUUCGAUGACUGAUUUCACACCCAUCAUUUCAUUUCAAUUCCAAAUUUAUCUUUCAGCAGCAACCUAGACAUUUAUAAUUGCUACCACUCAUCUUCAUGACUUCAUUGCUCAUUUUUGUAGUCCUCAGUGUUAGGUUAUGAGUGCAAGUCUUUUUAAAACCCUUUAUUGGAUUUCAUCAGUUUCAGGAAAUUUUCCUCAUCAGUUAUUUCAGAAUUUUGAACUGCCUCUUUUAUUAUAUCACCACUGCUACAGCUUAUUUUGCCUUG